AUGGAUUUGAAUGGUGUUCAUAUUUCUUUUGUCCAUGCGAGUUAUCUCCAAGUGACAAGAAGACUUUGGCAACAACUGGAGACUGUUAAUGAUAAUAUUCCUUGGCUUGUAAUUGGUGAUUGCAACUGUAUUCUGCGUAAUGAAGAGAAAAAAGGUGGCUUAGAGACUAGAACAUCGGUCAUUAAUGAAUUUAGUGAUUGGAUGGAGCAUAAUAAUUUGUUUGAAGUUGAUGCUCUUGGUUGCAACUUUACUUGGACUAAUGGUCAGUCAGGUCAUCGCAGAAUUAUUAGCAAACUCGAUCGUGCUAUUAUCAAUCCAGCGUGGCUAUCUAAGUUUGAGAAUUGGCGGUGUAAAGACCUUCCUAGAGAAGUUCCCGACCAUUCAACUUUAAUUGGUUUUCCUUUUGCGGUCCCUAAGCCGAAACAUGCUCCGUUUCGAGUCCAAAAGAUGUGGUUUCUUCAUGCAGACUUUAUGUGCAUGGUAACUGAAAACUGGAACCUGCCGGUUUUUGGAAACCCAGAUUUUAUCUUUACCUUUAACUUAAAGAGACUCAAAGUUGAGAUGAAGACUUGGAAUUUACGGGUUUUCGGCAACAUUCAUUCUCGGCUCAAGAAGGACAAGCUCAGGUUUGAAACGGCUGCUAGGAUUUCAGAUGAAGACCCUUCAAAUAUUCCUAAUUGA